UCCCUUCUGCAUAUUUUUCGUUAUUUCAGGAUUCCGCAGCUCUGCUGGUCACUGCCGCCACGAAGCUUCAUUCUGCACGACAGCAGGAAGUAGAACACAUCCAUGGAGUCUAGCAAGACCUGGCCACCUCCCUCCCUUCCUUCUCGCUUCUCCCCUGUUCCGCACCGCAACCCUCCCAGCUCAAACAAGAAGAUUUCCGCAAAACCUAAUCUUUUCAUUCCCGCCUUAUCUCUCCAACAUCAGCGAGGUAGAGGAGAAAGGGCGAACGUUACUUCUAAGAUGCCUGCUCCUGCGCUUCAAUCUACUGGGAAAUUUGCGGACUUGCCCUUUGAUGUACUGGCCCGAUUAGCGGCGGCGUUCGAUAUCCCGGAGCUUUGGGCGGCGAGUACGGUUUGUAGACCGUGGAGAGAGGCUCUUAGGCCUCUAAGGGAGGCGAUGGUGCUUCUGCGGUGGGGAAAAAGGUUUAAGCACGGCCGCGGGGUGCGGCCCGAUCCUAAACGGGCUCUUGAGUCUUUUCUGAAAGGCGCGGAGCGGGGUUCCGCUGCUGCGAUGGUGGAUGCGGGGCUCAUGUAUUGGGAGAUGGGCCGGAAGGAGGAGGGCAAGAGCUUGUAUGCUAGGGCUGCGGAGCUAGGGCAUCCCGCGGGCCAGUGCAAUCUUGGAAUCUGCUUCUUGGAAGCUGAUCCAGCUGAGCCGGAGGAGGCUGUAAAAUGGUUCUUUCGGGCGGCUGAGUUAGGAAAUGCGCGUGCUCAAUAUAGCUUGGCACUUUGCCUACACAAAGGCCGUGGAGUUAAAUGCAAUUUACGGGAAGCUGCAAGAUGGUAUCUAAGAGCUGCAGAAGGUGGCAAUGUACGUGCUAUGUACAACGCAUCUCUAUGUUAUGCUACAGGUGAAGGAUUCACACGGGAUCUCCGAUAUGCUCGGAUAUGGCUGAAGCGUGCCGCAGAUUAUGGUCACAGGAAAGCACAAUUUGAGCAUGGCCUUGAACUUUUUUCAUCAGGAGAGACAAUGAAGGCACUCGUCUAUGUUGAACUGGCUUUUCGAGCUGGAGAGACCGCUGCAUCACAUAUUAGGGAUGUGAUUGUCCACGCUCUGUCCCAACCCUUACGAGAUUGUGCGAUGACCUCUGCUGAUAAAUGGAGGCCACAACAGUUCCAUCGUUAACAUUUGUGGCAAUAUAUUCUCUUGAAUUCAUGCAAAGUUAGAAGAAACCAGCAAUACGUUGAAUGCUUGCCUCUGGAAGGUUUGAAAGUACUUUUUAUUCGCUUUCUAUAGAAUCACUUUAUGAUCUCUUCGGCAGAUGGUGGUACUUAAAAGUGAUUUCAUAAUGCAAACGGCAUUUACUUGGACUCUUGGAAAACGAAGAACAAAGAGUAAGAGUUUACUGUAUGUUAUGCAGCUGUGUGUAAACUGAUUAUAACCAAGUAGAAAUAUUUGGCUCAUUCAGUGUAACUUGAUAAAGCUCGAAGGUGCCAUGCCAUUAGGCAGCCUUAAUAAUCCAGAAUCUGAAUUCGAGCUACCUGUGAACUAUAUAAAGUAUAUUGAUGUAGGCUUAUAUUUUGUUUGGGACAGCUUUUUAUUGCUUUCUAAAGUAAUUUUUUUU